AUGGAUGAUCAUGCUCUUCAUUUGGAAGAACGCUUUGAGAAACAAAUUGGUCAGUACUCACAACUGAAUCGAACACAGAAUGAAAACAAUACGAUUGAUCUGCAUAAUUUAUCGCCGGGUCGUUAUGAAAUCUGUGUGAAUCUACUCUACGAUAAAUCUCAGCAUUUCUAUUAUCGCUCACCGAACAGUUGCCUACACAUUCCAUGGGAUGUGCCUGAAGAAGAAUUUGAAGCACCCCACAGUCUCAUAAAGAUAUCGUUUAUGAUUGGUAUUAUUAUGUUAUUAGUUGCAUCUGCAUUUGUCAUUCAUACAGUGCAUCAAUAUGUCAAGUCGAUUAGUAAGAAGCCGACUGUCGAUAAUGCCGAGGACAAUCAAGAAGAAGAAGAAGACGAAGAUCAGAAAAAAUCCGAACGUGCGAAAUUUCUCGUUCGUGAAAAUUUUGAACCAAAAGUCAAUCCAUUCGAACUACUGGUUCGUCGACGUAUUCAACAACGCUAUAACCACUACUCACCCGAUCUUGAAGACCGAUAA